UGUCCUUACCGUAUUCUUAUGGUGCGCCUGAUUAGUAACUAUGAUCCUAAUCCAGAUUCUAUAAAAAAGCUACAACCCUUCGGUUUAAAUCUUCUACUUCUUCAAAUUUCUCUCUCUCUCUCUCUCUCUCUUAAAUGCCUUUCCUUGAAGAAAACCUCCUUGAAGAGAGGAAAUCUCCCACCUCAAAAACAUCAAAAACCACCUACCUUUUAUUCAUAUCCAUUUCCAUCUCUCUCCUACUUUUCACAGCCUCUCCUCCUCCCAAAUCCACCUACCACUCCCUCUACGUAUCCGUAUCCGAAUCCGAGAACGUCACCGUAUCCCACCACCUCCUCAUCCUCACCCGCCGGCCCCACGUCGCCGGCUCCCCCGCCAACGCCGAUGCCGCAUCCUACGUCCUCUCCACUCUCACUUCCCACUCCCUCCGGACCCACAUCUCAUCCUACCACGUGGCCCUCAACUACCCCCUUUCCCGUUCCCUCACCCUCACUCGGGCCCACCCGCUGGGCCCCACCAUCACCUUCUCUCUCGAUCAGGAGAUCUACGCCGGUGAUCCGUACGCUGACGUAGCCCGGGAAGCCGUCCCCACGUUCCACGCCUACGCCAGGUCGGGAUCCGUGGCGGGAAACGUGGCGUACGUCAACUACGGACGCGUGGAAGACUAUGCAACGUUGAAAGGAAUGGGAGUAAACGUAUCCGGUACGGUGGUUUUGGUGAGAUACGGCAAGAUAUAUCGCGGGGACAUCGUACGGAAUGCAUAUGAGGCGGGCGCCGUGGGAGUGGUGGUGUAUACGGAUACGAAGGACUACGGUGGUGGAGUAGAUGGGAAGUGGUUUCCUGAGGACCGUUGGAUGCCGCCGAGUGGGGUCCAGGUGGGGUCUUUGUAUAUUGGGGCCGGCGAUCCGACCACACCUGGGUGGGCCAGCACUAGUGCAUGUGAAAGGAUGGAUGAUGAAGAGAUAGAGAGAGGAGGAGGGAUUCCAUUGAUACCGUCGCUGCCAGUGUCCUCGGCCGACGGUGAGGCGAUCAUGGAGGCAAUCGGGGGACACGUGGCGCCUGAUGAUUGGCAAGGUGGAGCAGAGUCGAUCGAUUACCGGGUGGGCCCGGGCCCAGGGUUUCUGAAUCUCACCUAUAAUGGAAAUCAAACAAUAACGACAAUCCAAAAUGUCUUUGGUGUGAUCGAAGGAGUAGAAGAGCCUGAUCGAUAUGUCCUUCUGGGCAAUCAUCGGGACGCCUGGACAUUUGGAGCUGUUGAUCCUAACAGUGGAACUGCAACAUUACUAGAGGUAGCUCGAAGGCUGGAGAAGUUGCAAAAGAGAGGAUGGAAACCUCGACGAACGAUCAUUUUGUGCAACUGGGAUGCUGAAGAAUAUGGCCUGAUAGGAUCGACGGAAUGGGUGGAAGAGAACAGGGAAAUGCUUGCUUCUAGGGUAGUUGCUUAUCUGAAUGUAGAUUGUGCAGUCUCUGGAGCAGGAUUCCAUGUUUCUUCAACUCCUCAGCUCGACAAACUCCUCAAGCAGGCUACUCAACAGGUUCAAGACCCAGAUAACUCUUCCCAAACAGUAUACGAAUCGUGGAUUCAAUCAAAUGAUUCUCAAAUGGUUGGGAGGUUAGGAGGAGGUGGAUCAGAUUUCGCAUCAUUCAUCCAACAUGUUGGUGUUCCUGCCGUCGACAUGUUCUAUGGAGGAGAAUACGCCGUGUACCAUUCACUGUAUGAUGACUUUGUCUGGAUGCAAAAGUUUGGGGACCCAAUGUUCCAUAGACAUGUGGCAGUGGCAAGCAUUUGGGGACUUGUUGCUCUUAAACUGGCUGAUGAUGAGUUCUUGCCUUUUGAUUAUGUCUCCUACGCGUCUGAGCUCCAAAGAAGCACAAAGGAAUUAGAAAAUGAGAUUUUGGGAAAGCCUAUUAGCCUGAGCCCUUUAUAUAAGUCUAUUGAGCAGCUAAACAAGGCAGCCACUAAAAUAAAUGACCAAAGAAAGGCAUUAGAAGGCAACGGAUGGGCAUCAAUGUGGGGGAAGGACCCAUUAAAAGUGAGAGAGCUAAAUGACAGAUUAAUGAUGGCUGAACGAGCAUUUACAGAUAGAGAUGGGCUUUUUGGAAGGCCAUGGUACAAGCAUUUGAUUUAUGGGCCAUCAAACCACAACGACUAUGGAUCAAAAUCAUUUCCAGGUGUCGAUGACGCAAUUGAAAAGGCAAAGAGCUCAAACACUACAGAGUCAUGGAAAUCAGUACAACAUGAAGUAUGGAGGGUUUCAAGAGCUGUAACACAUGCAUCUCUUGUUCUCAACGGAAAAUUCACAUGAAUGCAUACAUUGUAGAUUACCUUAUUUGUAGCACCUAUGCACAUUCAUCAGAAUUCGAGUCACAAUGUAAUAAACUGGACAUGUGGAGAGAGAGAGAUACUAUUUAUUAGUCUCUUUUCUCAUAUGUGAGGGGAAAUGGCAAAAAAUAAAUUUUUUUUUUUUU